AUGCACGGUGGCCAUUGUCAUCGGUGUUUUGACGGCUUGUUGGGUCCAAAAAUGACCGCAUUGUUUGCUGCCGGUAAAUCACCGAUGAAGCGAAACUACCCUCUGCAUAUGUGGCCCCGGACCUUGGCUUUUUCGAACUCAGCCAUGAAUUUUCUGAUUUACACUGCAAGAAUUAGUGACUUUAAAGACUCAUACGCAGCUAUCUUUCGAAAGAUGUGCCGCCUGUAGAGUUUGUUCCGAACCUUGCUGAUAAACAAUUGAUGUCGCUAAUAUGUUUGUGAUCUCAAAGAUGCAGAACAUUCCUUUUGCUAUGUCAUUAAAAGAACUUUAGUUGCUUAAGGCUACUUACUCAUUUUAUACAAUUAUAUCCCGUAGUUCUGAUUUUUUAUUCAUUGAUUUAUUUGAUCUCGAUCUGAGCAGACUGGUGAGACAAAAGUUGCACUGACUCUGAUUUUGGCAGAGUCAGUUAAAAUUAUUAACCAGCAAUAUAUGAUUAGAAUGAUGCUUAUUGGAAUAUUGAUCAAAAAACGAAAACCACAAUAGCAAUACACAAUCACGCCAUCCACGUUAAAGUUAAGAACUAAUAAGUGCUACUCUUUUACGAUGGUUUUAUUGCCGGCAGAGUCACGUUCGGAUCAUUGAUAUGUUCUGCUCUGCGAGGUAAAUAAAAAACUGGAAGGAAUAUUGUUAGCAAGGUCAUAUUUUGCCCUUGUAGUUGUCAAUCUGGCUGAUCUUGCUGAGUCUUCUCAUCAACUGAUAGUUUGAGAGUUUCAGAAUGUCUGUUUCUUGCUUACGUCGUAGACCUGUUUUCGUCAUUAGCAUCCGGCGCUUAUGAUAAGCGCUGGGUGCUAAUGAUAAAGGAGGUAUCAAAAAUAUAACUUGAUACCGUUUUUUCGACAUGCAGAACACCAGCCCAGAUUCCUCGGUAAACUCGAUUGGCUGUUCUCUUUCCAUGGCACAUGGCAUUCCACUUAUCAUUAUCAACGUUAUCGUCUGCGUUUUUGGAACACUUGGAAACUUCCUUGUUUGCUUGGCUAUCGCUACAAACUCUCGCCUACGCCGAGCCCCAAACUACCUUCUGUUCAGCUUAGCAACCGCUGAUCUAAUCGUCACCAUGAUAGGAGAGCCACUUCUUCUGGAAUUCAUCAGCCGGAUAACAUUCUUCCAAGAGUGUACUGCGAGUCUGCAACAAAUUGUGUAUUACGCAUUAGCCGAUCUUGCAUGCGCCAUUUCGGUCGCGCAUAUGGUGGCAAUCAGUUUCGAUCGAUUCGUUGCCAUUGCGUUUCCAUUGCGUCACAAAAUCUUCCUGAAGAAAAGGGGACAGAAGGUUAUGCUCAUAGCAUCAUGGUUUAUUCCGAUUCUUGGUGCUACUUUAUUCUUCAUCAUUUCGCCAGCUUCCUCUUCCUACAUAUCCGUCGGAUUUGGAAUGUUUGUCUUCAGCUGUUUAAGUAUUUUCGUUUUUCACUUCCUGGCAGUGGUAUUUCUACUCCACCAAAGACAGACAAGAAAGCAGCUAAGAGCUCAAACAUUUUCUUUAAAACUCACCCCUCGCAUGGAGGUCCGUGUUGCUUGCACACUAGCUAUAGCAACCGGAGUUUUUACCGUUUGUUGGACUCCCCUUAUGUCUGCCUUUGCACCUAGUAAACCACUUGUAAAGUGGAACGGCCCUGCACACUUGUGGCUCCAAACCCUGGCUUUGUCAAACUCAGCCAUGAACUUUCUGAUUUACUCUGCUAGAAUGCGGGACUUUCGAUAUGUAUACACCGUUAUCGCACGAACGAUACUCCGCUUGUAGAGUGCUCGACAUUUAUACGGGUCAAGAAUUCGCAACUAAUAACAACUAUCACUGUUUUUGUUCUGAUGGUAGAGACCGGUUAAGUCACGUUGGGAUAACCAUGGCGUGAGGCAAAUAAAAAAUAUUCAGUUUGCUCUAAUUGCACAAAAUAUUGUAACCAACAUAUUUCUCUGUUAUGGUUAUCAAUCCGACUGGCCUAUCUUAGUAUUGUAAUGAUUCCGUAGUUUAAGGGUUUCAGAAUGGCUGUUUACGUCAGUCGGAUUAAAUUAAUUCAAAGUGCUCCUUAGGCAUAUUUAAUAAUUUCUGAGAUGGCAAGCAGUAAUGUAAUUAUAACGAUCAACUUCUGCCCCUUUUCAUUAAUGUACGUUAAUGACAAACGAAUCAAAUGCCAUUUUUAUGACCAUGACGAGCUCUGAAACGCGAAAAAUUUAUUUUAUGUAAAUUAGCUGACUGCACAUGGAAUGUGCAGCCAGCUAAUUUCCAUAAGUAAUUCACAACCAAGGUCUGACAGUUCUAGGCUCUUGAGGUGUCGGCUGAAUGCCGUAGGACUUCCGUAAAUUGCCCACAAAAGAGUAACUCAAGCUAUUGUGAACUGAAAUGAAAGUAACCGCAAUAUCCGAUUAAAGCAAGGUUUAAAUCUUUUAAUUUUCUGCCACGCUAACAGCUCUUUCGAUAAAACGGCAUAAACAUUUUACAAAGCGCCUUUUUCAGUCUCGGGCAGUAACAUAGUAUGAAAUGGAGGUAAACUCAAGAAUUCAGUUUUUUGACUGCAUUGCAACUUUGAAACUAUUAAGCCGCUGCCUGAAAGGCCGGGAAAAUGUUUUUCGUAAAAUUCGUACAAGUAUUUGAAAAGUAGCUCCUUUCUAAUUUAACAUUACCAAAUUUCAAAUUUAGCAAACGCGCUAACUACUGUAUGGUCCUGUAUCAGUAUGUAAAGGCAUCAAAUCUUUAUAAAGCCGACAGAAACAAUUAACAGACAAGUACCGAUAUGAUUUAAGAAUUUUUUGUACUGCUUUUAUAUCACGAUCAAGCAAAUGAAAUAUUCCUGGCCAUCUGCCACCAUCGCAAAAUCGCGAAAUUCAGAGGCUUCUAGAUCACUAACACAAAAUACUGCAAUAACUGUUCUUAUACUGCUCUUUUCUUCCGCUUUGUUCAAGGCAACACUCGUGCCAAAAUCAAUUUCGAGAGGGUGCUGAAAAAAUAAGAUGGAAUAAGAGAAAGCUGUUAAUUGACCAUGAAUGGUAAAAAAGAGUAAGACUUGAAUAAGAUUAUCACCUCCAUAAGUCCAAGAAGUCAAUGUUAUGUAUUUUUUAAGUAUACACUAGCCGGGAUACUACAGCAUUCAUUAGAGCAUUUUUGCAAGUUAACUGUAGAUUUCAGGUACACACUACCCAGGAUACUACAGGAAUGAUUAGAGCAUUUUUGCAAGUUAACGUAUAUUUCAGGUGUACACUACCCAGGAUACUACAGGAAUGAUUAGAGCAUUUUUGCAAGUUUUAACUUUCUCAAACUCAUUAACUAUUCAUACGGUUAUAAGCAAAUCGGAGUGCCCCAUUUUGGUCAGCUGGAUGUAUCUUGAUACCCACUGAAAAUCUAGAUCAAGAUUACUCCGGUUAGUUCAAAAACUGAUGAAAACACUGAUCAAGAAAUUUGAAUUUUAAUCAGUCUUAAUACUGAAUAUAGUAUAUUUGCCGCUUCAAUCAUUACUUACAACAACAAUAGGGCAACAUAUUAUUUUUUUUCUUAGACACCAGAAUGUUGCUUCUUCUUGCUCGCUCACAAACUCCUUCUCCUCCUUCUUGGACUUAAUGUGAAGCCCUUCUCGAACGCCAUCCUUCAUCUCGGCAUCUAACCAAAGUCGGAACAGGACAAACCUUCGAAAAACAACACACCAAAUUCAAUUCCCAAAACAGUGCAUUUUAAAAUUCUGAACAAUGCAGUCUAAAAGUUGUCAAUUACCUUUUGUCACCAGCGUCCAGAGGAUUCAAAGCUUCGGAUCCAUUAUUCUCCUCCAAAUAACGCUUGAGCGCACAAAUGAUACCAUAAACAGUCUUGGGAGGGUAUCUUUCACCGGACUUUUUAGCUACCUCCACCACCAAUUUUGACAACCAAUAGUUCAGCGACAGAACAUCCAUUCCGAAAAUAUCUGCGCUCAGAGCGGUAACCUUGUGUAAAUCGUAGUCCUUGAAGAGACCACCACAAUCUAAUACCGGAACUUGAACCUCUCUUAACCUCUGCCAUUCGGCAAAACUGCUCACAGCCCACUUGUUUUUAUACUUAGUUGAAGCUGGAACGGCGCAUACACCAGAACAUUUUCUUGAAAAGAAGUUUUAGGAACGCAAAAUCGUUCUGAUCCGAACUCGACCUCCAUCAUGCGCCGUAAUGUUAGUCUACUAAAAAACCCGCCAGCAUGGCCGCAUAUUAAAUAUUCAUUUCAUUUAUGAUAUCAAGAAUAAGAAACAAGCAAUAGCCUCUCUUCACCUCUGCCAUUCGAGUCUAUUGAGCACGUCUUCUAAUUACCUAUUCUUCGGAAAUAAAUCCACUAAAUUCUCACACUAGUUUGAGAAGCCAUGUCAAAAACUCGUGCUUCGUGUUUCAUUAGGGGUUCCAGACACCUCGAAACAAUAAAAGCGCUCGGCCUUCGGCCUCGUGCUUUCAUCUGUUUCUCGGUGUCUGGAACCCCUGAUAAAACACUCGCACUCGUUUUUGACAUAUUAAGUAGAUUUCAGGUAUACACUACCCAGAAUAUUACAGAAAUGAUUAGACCAUUUUUCCAAGUUAACUGUAGGUUUCAGGUAAACACUACCCACGAUACUACAGGAAUGAUUUCAGGUAUACACUACCAAGGUUAAUACUAUGCAACGCAGAUAACAAAAGCUCAAGAAACAAGUGGACCCAGCAUGACCCAGCGAGGUUAAUUGUCUGCGAAAUUUUUUGAGAAAAGAGCUGACUCGCUCGAGUGUUGAAUAGAAUAGUGCAGAACAAUAAUUUUUAACAUCAAAAGCUACUGAUAUAAUUAUUAAGUUUUCUUACCUGUGUGGAGUCUCUUCCUUUUUUCUUGAAUACUGAUAUCACUGAUCUGGGCGCCAAACAAACACGCGCGGUACAUAUUUCCCGCCAGAAAUAAUUAAAAGCACUUUCACGAGACGGUGAUCAAAAUACAAAAGCAAAAUAGGAAAGUGCCAGCUGCUCGAGGCUAGCGAUCGUUUGUUUGGCGGCGUGUGAUAGAGUAAAACUGAUAAAAUAUCGAGAAAUCUGGACAGAAUCUUUUAGUAAUACAUUAUCGAAAAUUAUGUGAAACACAUAAUCAGAGAACACGUGCGAACAAAAAUAAUUUCCACUCGAUAUUUUUUUCUCGGUAUUUUUCAUGAACAAAAAAUCGAAAUAUUAAAAAUCACGACUUACCAGCAAUUGCUCGACUAAACAAAGCUACACUUACCAAAGUCGAUAACCAAGUAAGGAUUUCCUACAGAAAUAAUUUCCCACUCUCGUUUAGCAGUUUAGAGGUCGAACUUGACGUAGGUUAAAAUGGAUUCGUUUUGCCGGCAUCUAUCCGUUGAAUUAAAGUAGAUUUAACACUUGCCGGGAGUAAUUAGUAAUCUAGCCAUUUUACCCAUAGCUUCGCAAAUGCAACCAACGUUAUAAAGCGACAGCAACUUUAGCGAAAUGUUCACACGCGACACGCGACGACCUCAGUAAAUCUAACAAAUGAAACAAGAUACUGAGAAAAAAAAGGUUCGUUGACUGUUUCCGGCAGGCGGUGACAAAGGAAGACCUCCUGGUCAGAAUUUUUUUUGUAGCCUAAGCCCGUCAUGUCAUAGACUGCAAAACAGUCCGUAUUUUGCGUAUUCAAGUAUGCGCGAGCAGUCAAUCAAAAGGUCUGGAACAAGGCUGAAAACAGAGAGCGAGACAGGGGAGAGACGGGGAGGUUUUUUUUCUCUCGCCUCACACGCCCUACGGGCGUGUGAGGCUCGCGCUCUAAGCGCGCGAGACUCUUACGCCACGCUUUACCGAUUUCCUUACUGAUUUUAGAAAAAAACCGACUGUUUUGCAGUCUAGUCAUGUCAUAGAACAAGCAUACACAACACACAACAUGACUGUUGCUGUUUUCUUCCAGUGGUUCAUGGCAUUCCACUGAUCACAGUCAAUGCCAAUGUUUGCGUUUUGGGAUCAAAUUGCCGUCUACACCGAGCCUCCAGCUACCUUUUAUUCAGCUUAGCGAUCGCUGAUCUAAUCGUCACUUUAGUAUGCACGCCCCUUGUCUUGGAAAUCAUCAGCCAGAGAACAUUCUCCCACUCCCACGAGUGCACAGCGAGCCUGGAACGUGCGUUUGGUAUUUUAUCCCAUGUUCCAUGUAUCACAUCAGUCUUUCAUAUGGUCGCAAUCAGCUUUGAUCGUUUCGCUGCCGUUGUGUUUCCUCUGCCGCUUAAAAUCUUAAUCGGGAAAUGCAGACUUAAGGCUAUGCUUACGUCUUGGACAAUCCCAAUUCGUCCCCACUUUAAAGCAUAUCGUUCCACUUGCUCACUUUCCGGCCAGAUAUAUUGGACUGGGAACUUUUGCCUUCACCUACUUCUUUAUUUUCUUUUUUUACUUUCUGAUUGUGUUGUUUCCGCUCCACCACAGGAAAACAAGAAAGCAGCUAGCUACCCGAACAGUUUCUGUGAAACUGACUACGGCAGGGAGGUACGAGCUGCUUGCACAAUAGCAAUCGGCGUUUUCACGGCUUGUUGGGUUCCUCUGAUGAUUGUACUGUUUUUCACCGGAAAACUACUCAUAAAGCGAAGCGGCCCUCUAAACAUGUGGCUCCGCACCCUGGCUCUGUCAAACUCAGCUAUGAACUUUCUCAUUUACUCUGCCAAAAUCCGGGACUUUAAAGAUGCAUACAUCGGUAUCUUACGAAAAAUGCUCCGCCUACGUGAGAGUGCUUGA